UACUUUAUUAGUCAAUACGAUCUGGUUGGAGAGUUUUGCACAUGGUGACGUUAAUUAAAAGAUGGCGGGUGCUAUCGAAGUUCUUGAAAGAGCACAAGUUGUUUCUCGAACAGAUAAACAAGCUGGCAUUGAUAUGUAUAAUAAGAUAGUAUGUUCUCAGGAUGGUGUUGGAAGCGAUGAAGGAAUUAAAGUCAAGGAACAGAGUAUUUUGGAAUUGGGUCAACUGCUGAGUAAAAGUGGAAGGGCAGAAGAACUUGGAGAACUCAUUAGAUCAACACGUCCAUUUCUGAACAACAUCAGUAAAGCUAAAGCUGCUAAACUGGUUCGAGCUUUAGUUGAUAUGUUUCUUGACAUGGAGGCUGCCACUGGAUUUGAGGUUGAAUUGUGUAAAGAGUGUAUAGAAUGGGCAAAACAGGAAAAGAGAAUAUUUCUGAGACAGUCUUUGGAGGCUCGACUAAUAGCCCUUUAUUAUGACACAGGAAAAUACACAGAAGCUUUAGAACUGGGCAGUAUCCUUCUGAAGGAGCUGAAAAAACUGGACGAUAAAAAUCUUUUAGUAGAAGUUCAACUUCUGGAAAGUAAAGUCUACCAUGCCCUCAGUAACUUGCCUAAAGCAAGGGCGGCUCUUACAUCAGCACGAACCACAGCUAACGCCAUCUAUUGCCCUCCUAAGCUACAGGCCGCUCUAGACCUCCAGGCUGGAAUUCUCCAUGCUGCUGAUGAGAGAGACUUCAAGACUGCCUUUUCUUAUUUUUAUGAGGCAUUUGAAGGAUAUGAUACAUUGGACAACCCAAAGGCAUUAAUUGCUCUUAAAUACAUGCUUCUUUCAAAAAUAAUGCUAAAUGUACCUGAUGAUGUCCAGUCAAUAGUGAUGGGAAAGCUGGCUCUAAGGUAUGCUGGCUCUGAAACAGAAGCAAUGAAAAAAGUAGCUCAAGCCAGUCAUAAACGAUCUUUAGCAGACUUUAAAAAGGCUGUUAAAGACUACAGGAAACAGUUGGUAGAGGAUCCUAUUAUAAGAGCUCACUUGGACACUUUGUAUGAUACGAUGUUAGAACAGAACCUCUGUUGUCUCAUUGAGCCUUACUCCCGUGUUCAGGUUGAACAGAUAGCAAAGAACAUAAAGCUUCCAUUGGACACUGUUGAAAAGAAGCUUUCUCAAAUGAUCCUUGAUAAGAAAUUUAAUGGGAUAUUAGAUCAAGGAGAAGGUGUUCUGAUAGUUUUUGAAGACACGACCAGGGAUAAGACUUACGAGGCUGCACUAGAAACAUUUCAAAGCAUGGGCAAGGUAGUGGAUGCUCUAUACCAGAAAGCUAAAAAACUAUCCUAAUUUUAAAGUUACCUUUAUUAACAUUACUACUCCCAGUCUCACUCUAGAUGGCUAACAUGAAAGGCAAAUGUGGAUCAGAAAUAUAGCUGGACAUGUGCUUCACCAAGCAAUUUAGAUUUAAAAUUAAAAUUAUUAUUUAAAAACGUUUUGUACCAAAAUCUUGUUUCUUUAUUAAUCAACAUUUGUAGCACAUGUUCUGAAACAGUGCAUUUGUUAAUGGUUUGAAAAUAUGACAAACACAAGUUUCCAACAGUUAUUUCUUUUUCUAUUUUAAAUAGGAGAUAUUCUGUGUAGAAUAACUUAAUUUUAUGCUAUCUUCCACUUGGAAUAUCUUUUAAAAAUAGACAAGACAAUAUUUAACAUUCUGUCAAGAUGUACAUUUCUGCAUCAAUAAAGGAAUGUCAUUGUAGCACAAAAAACAUUGAUUCCAAGAAAACUCUGGGCAGAAUGACAUCUUAUUUUAAUUGUAAUUUGUUAAUAUGUCCAUUUCAUCAUCUGUCAUACACAAGUGUGUAGAACAGCAACAAACAUGACGUAUGGAAAGUCACAUUCUAAUACCUGUGUUCUUCUGUGAGCAAGGUCAUGUACCAUGAGAUUGAUAAAAGUAAUUUCUAAACUUUCAA